AUGGGAAAAGCGAUCGUCGUUACGUCUGGUAAAGGCGGGGUCGGUAAAAGUACUUCCACGGCGAAUCUUGGAACGGCCUUAGCUGUGUUGGGUAAGAAGGUCGUUGUCGUCGAUGCGGAUGUGGGAUUGAGAAAUCUUGAUGUUAUUAUGGGGCUGGAAAGCCGCGUUGUAUACACAUCAAUGGAUGUCUUUCAAGGUGUUUGUGAACUCGAACAAGCAUUGGUUAAAGAUCGAAGGACGAAAGAUCUCUAUCUCCUUGCGGCCUCGCAGAGAAAUAACAAAAGCGAUAUUCAGCCGGAACAGAUGAAAAAACUCUGCCUAGAACUGAAAGAGACGCACGACUACGUUUUGGUCGAUUCACCUGCCGGCAUUGAGCAGGGGUUUCAAAACGCAGCUGCGGGGGCUGAUGAGGCACUGAUUGUGACAACGCCAGAGGUCGCAGCGGUCAGGGAUGCGGAUCGAAUCAUCGGUUUGCUGCAGAACAUGACCAUUAAUAACUUGCAUCUCGUCAUCAAUCGACUUGCACCGGAGAUGGUCAAGGCAGGCGAUAUGAUGGGACCGACGGAUGUCAUAGACAUUUUGUCAGUCAAUCUGAUCGGCGUCAUCCCAGAGGAUAAGGAAAUUCUUAUUUCAACGAACCGAGGUAUGCCGUCAACCUACAAUCAUAAGUCUGAUGCCGGACAGGCUUACAAACGUAUCGCACUAAGGCUUGAAGGGGAAGAUGUUCCAAUCCCAGAGUUUAAGGCGGGGGGUUUGUUCGGUAACUGGUUUGGGAAACUGUUUAAUAGUUAA